CGUCGGCGUGUGGAGUCAGUACCUCAGUCAGUCUGAAACCAAAGCAAUAUGGCGGGCCAGGAAGAUCCAGUCCAGCGAGAGAUCCACCAAGAUUGGGCCAAUCGAGAAUACAUAGAAGUCAUCACAAGCAGUAUAAAGAAAAUUGCUGACUUCCUGAAUUCCUUUGACAUGUCGUGUCGGUCCCGGCUGGCCACACUCAACGAGAAACUGACUGCGUUGGAACGGCGGAUUGAGUACAUUGAAGCGAGAGUCACAAAAGGAGAGACUUUAACCUAGAAGCUUCGCGGGAUGUGGAAAUCCAAGCUUCCCGGACCCCCUUCACCACCGUUCAACAUUUUUCAUUCGAUGUCUUGGAAAGUCAUGUUCAAUUUUGGGACCAUGUGAAUAUGUUUAAUUGUCCAGUUUUUAUAUGAUACAUGAAUAUGGUGUGUAUGUGUGAACGUUUUUUGUCCCCUCUGUGUUGUUGCAAAUGCUUCUGUUUUUCCUUUUGUUUCUAUACAAUAUUAAGCAUCUUUAUAUUUAAUUAAUACAAAUUAGUUCAUUAAUACAAAAGGGUAAUAAAUUGAUAACCCCCCUGUGCCAUGCCAUGCUUCACUAGUUGUGUAUUCAGCCUUAUGGCCAUGUAGAGUAUAUUGUUGGUAUUUAAUAACUCGUUUUCAUGCUGUAAUAAAGGGAACAUAAUGA